AUAUCCAUCACUAGUAAUACUAAUAGUGUAACUAAUAAUAGUACUACUGAGAGGGCAGAGGGCAGAGCAGAGAGAUGAGAGGAAUGAAAAAUGGCGUGAAGCUUAUCUUUUGAUUUAUUUAAAGGUAAUUUGGUAACUUCAUCCGGAUUCUAACGGUAGGAUUUCUCAACGUGCACGGGCUUUUGGAAAAGACUCCUCACAGCUCCAUUAAGAGAACGCGCAAUCUCUUCACAUGAGCUAAACGCAACUUUUUCUGAAAAGUUGCUUUUUAGCUUCUACCAAACGCAUAUAUUACAUUUAUGGUUACGUGCUUUUUGGGCUGGGAAAGCUGAAAUAAACGGGCACUAAAACUCUUUCAGAACCGUGAAGAAAUGGAACCUGACGGCAAAGAAGUGGUGCUAAUCACGGGGUGUUCGGCUGGCGGUAUAGGCCACGCGCUGGCACGCGCGUUCGCCGCCAAAAACUGCCAAGUCGUGGCAACGAGCAGGUCCAAGGUUUCGAUGGGAGACUUAGAGCAGGAUCCUAGGUUCUUCCUGCAAGAACUGGAUGUCCUGUCCCACGACAGCGUGCAACGCGUGGUGUCCAGUGUCGUGGAGAAGUACGGUCACAUAGAUGUGCUGGUGAACAAUGCUGGGGUCCAAUGUGUAGGCCCUCUUGCUGAGAUUCCUCUCUCUGCUCUCCAACGAACUUUUGAUACCAAUGUCUAUGGUCCCAUGCGGUUGGUUCAAGCUGUUGUACCUCACAUGGCAUCCAGGAGAAAGGGAAAGAUUGUCAAUGUUGGAAGUAUUGCUGCUCUGGCUCCGGGACCAUGGGCUGGUGUAUAUACUGCAUCCAAAGCUGCUCUUCAUGCAUUGACCGACACAUUGAGAUUGGAACUAAGACAUUUUGGGAUCGAUGUUAUCAAUGUUGCCCCAGGAGCUAUUAGGUCAAACAUAGGAAAUGCUGUCAUAGCUAACUACAGCCAAAUGCCUGAGUGGAAGUUGUACAAACCUUUUGAAGCUGCCAUCCGGGCCAGGGCCCAUUUUUCACAAGGAACUAAGUCAACCCCUUCGGAGGAGUUCGCGAAGAAGACUGUGGCUGCAGUGCUGAAGAAGAAUCCUCCAGCCUGGUUCUCCUCUGGUCAUCUCUCCACCGCAAUGGCAGUCAUGUACCAUCUGCCCCUCUUUAUUAGAGAUUUCAUAAUUAAGAUAGCAAUGAAAGGUUGAAUUUUACCUCUUUGGUUUCCUAUAUUGAUUUUGGUCAUAUGUUGUACAUUAACUUCUUGUUGUGUGUUCUGUUUUGUCCUUUCUUUUUUGUAUUCAUUACGCGCCUUCUUUUGUA